AUGCUUUCUACGGGACAUGCUGUACGGCAUACCCUAUUCAAGGGCGCUCCAUUGCGCUGCUUCUCGCUUUCAGCGCAGAGAUCGUCCGCGAAUGUAUCUUCGUGGGCAGAUCGCAUGACUUCCGCAUCCUCAGUGCGCACACCCAAACCAGCAAAUGCGAAUGUGCCGCCGCCAAUACAAUCCAACAAAGAUAAUUUGCCGAAUAAACCAGAGCAAAUGAAUCCUGCAUCUCAAAUGGAAUGCUCCCUAGGCUACGAUGGUAUCGGAAUUCGCCCUUUUCCAUCUCAUGUAGCGCAAGUUCUGUGCGAACCAAUCCAGAAAGACGAUGUGGAAAUCAAGCCGGAUGGGCUGCUGUACCUGCCUGAAAUCAAGUACAGGCGAAUCUUAAAUCGUGCCUUUGGUCCAGGUGGAUGGGGUCUCAAGCCCCAAGGAGAGCCUGAAAUUGCUCAAGGCAUUUUGAGUCGUGAGUGGACAUUAAUUUGUUUAGGCCGCUUCGUGUCGACGGCACGAGGCGAGCAAGAAUUCUUUCGUCCCAAUGGUGUCCCCACGGCCAACGAAGGGGCAAAAUCCAACGCUCUGAUGCGAUGCUGCAAGGACCUCGGGAUUGCAUCCGAGCUAUGGGAUCCACGGUUUGUUCGACAGUUCAAGGCUAAACACUGUGUCGAAGUAUGGUGCCAAACGGCGGAUGGAAAAAAGAAAAAAUACUGGCGCCGAAGAGAUGACGAACCGUUUCAAUAUCCGGCCAAAGAAGUAGGCACUGUGGGCAAGACGUGA